AUGGACGGCCCGGGAGAGAACAGCCCGCCCCCACUGUCCAAUGAGGACUUCAAGGUGUACAACAGCGCGGCCGAAAAGAUGGAUUUCUUCCACGGCAUGUUGCGGCGCUCAUGGAAUAUUCUGUGGAACGCCUGCACGACGGGCCGACGGCCCAACGGGAUGUCGAUUCGACAAUUCAUUGCGGAGGGCCUGCGGUUCGCAGACCAUCUAGAAACCCACCAUAACAUCGAAGAGACGAUGGUCUUCCCGUUUCUCGCGAAGAGGAUGCCCGAGUUCAGGACGGGGCGCGGGCGGAAGCAGGCUGACCUGUUGCGGCACCACCGCGAGAUCCACGCCGGGUUGGACGGGUUCAGGGAGUAUCUGGAGAAGUGCUCGCAGGGCGAGGAGGACCUGCAGGUGGAGGUGCUACGGGAGAAGAUUGAUUCGUGGAGGGAGGUGUUGUGGAUGCAUCUGGACCAGGAGGUCGAGACGCUGGGCGCGGAGAAUAUGCGGCGGUACUGGACGAAGGAGGAGAUGAGGCUUGUUCCGAUGUGA